AUGGCUUGUAAACCACAAACUACAACACCAAGAAAUCAAGAGGACUCACAAUCACAAACAGUUUCGGAGGUUCCAAUUCAGAAGGAAGCUCACAACGAAGAGGAUGUUACUUCUCAACCAAAGGUUUCGAAGCCGACAACUAUGAAUCCUGUGGUAACAUAUGAAAUCCCGACUUCUGUUCCAAUGACUAAAGAGUUAUUCCAAAGUUUUUCUGUCCAUUCUCACACUGCCACUAUCUCCACUCCUAUUACAAUUGCUCAAUGCCUAUCGGUGUCAUUGGGCGUUUCGCAAACCCAAACCCCACUUUUCACUGAUUCCAUAACAACCACCACUUCCACAACUGUUGAAACUCCAGUAACUAUUAAUGCAUCUGAUGCGGGGCAGGAGCUUCGGGUUUCUCAGUCAGUCAUUCAACUCUACCCAUUUCUCCUUUCCGCCAGGAUGAUGCCAAGAUCUAUGACGGAUAUAAUGACGACUUCUCAGGAUUCACCUACAGUCCAUUCAACAUUCGUACAAUAA